ACUCGUGACCAAGUCCUGAAUAGCAUUUGUCAUGCGCUUCCGUUUACAUUGACUUGACAAAUUGAAUUUCAUGUUUCAGUCAAUUUCCUUGUAAUCACAGGAACUCACGUGAAUAUAUAGGAAGAAUGAAAGAUCCGGAAAUCAAACAGCUAGACUGAUGAAUACCACAAUGAGUCUGUGUGGUAGUUAGUGGAACAUGGGAACAAAACAAUAAAGAAUGUAAAGGUAAAUAGUGAAAAGCAUGCAAAAGAAUGUGUUUCAUAGAACUUUGAGACAAUAAAAGGAGUCCAAUAAAAUGAAGACAUGUUUAUGGCAUUUGGUUUAUUGCAAAGUGUCAAAAUGAUCUGUAUUAACCACGUUUAUGUGCAGAAAAAAGGAAUUUGACUUUGGUUCCUCUUAUAAUACCAGGCACUGUACUGACACCCUAAACUGAUGAAAGACUUUCUUACAUGGCUAAUAUUAAACUAGUGGAUUUGUAUUUGAUUCAUUGGAAUGUCUUCUGCUAAACUAAUUCAAGAACCUUUGCAGACCUACAGAAAUAGAUCGUAGAGGUUGUUUUGGGACAAAAACCAACCUAAAAAUGUUGAAUAAUUGUAUUAAAAUGAGAUUUGGUCAUUAUUUCUACAUUAAAAGUGUGAACACUUUAAAAUUAUCUGUAGUGACCUUAGAGGAUUUCUGCUAAAAGUUAAUGCUCCAUGUCCAAACUAACAUAAAUUAAUACAUUAUGUACAUAAUGAAAAUGUGAGCAUUUAAGGCAGACAGAAACAGAGCAGACCUCACCUCCUUAAAAAGAUCCUCCCUCUGUCUGCCCCCCCCCCUGCUGUAAAUAAGGGAUCGUUUAAGGCAGCGAGUAGAGAUCUGAUCAGCAGAGCACCCUGAUCCUUUUUUCUCCAUCCUGUCAACAUGAGGUUUGAAGAGAUACUGGAUGACAUCGGUGGAUUCUCCAAAUUUCAGUUUUUCCUGUUGUCCAUCCUGUGUCUGCCUCGUGCCAUUCUCCCUCUCCACUUUCUCCUGCACAACUUCAUCUCUGCCAUCCCUCCUCACCACUGCUCCCUCGGGAAGCUGGAGAAAAGCAAUGACAGCGCCUGGUCCCCAGACCCUGAGACUCUGGCCCUCUGGAUCCCCCAGCAGGACGACGGCUCUCUCAGCUCCUGCAGAGUCUACAGCUCCCCACAGACCAGCAACCUCAGCCAGGAGAACAGGACUGUGAUUUGUCCAGAUGGGUGGACCUACGACAAAUCACAAUUUAGCUCCACGACGGCCUCUGAGUGGGAUCUGGUGUGUAACGACAAGCAACAGAAUCAAGCACUUGCCACCUACUUCUUUAUUGGAGUGAUGUUUGGAGCCAUUGUCUUUGGACAGCUUUCAGACAAGCUUGGUCGAAAGUCCAUGCUUCUGGUGGCUAUAAUCGCCUCCACCUUGUUGGGAGCCACCGCUGCCUUGUCCACAUCCUACAUCAUGUUUGCUAUUUCCAGAGCGCUCUCCGGCUUAUCCCUCAGUGGGCUGUCGAUUAUCGGAAUAGUCCUUGGUAUUGAGUGGACAGAUACAAAGCACCGUACCUUUACGGGAACCAUUAUGAGUUUGUCGUGGAGCGCUGGAAACAUGCUUCUGGCUCUACUUGCCUAUUUCAUACGAGACUGGAGGCAUCUAACGCUGGCAGUGACAGUGCCCUGCGCUGUUACCAUCAUCUGUUGUUGGUGGCUGCCUGAGUCCGCUCGCUGGUUGUUGGCUAACGGCAGAACAAAGAAAGCAAAAAAGUAUUUGGUUCAAUGUGCUAAGAUGAACAGGACCGAUCAACGCACAACCAAACUGGACAUUGAAGUUCUAAGGAAGGUAACCGUCACUGAAGUGGCAGAGAAGAACCACACCUACUUGGACCUGAUCAGAACCCCUGAGCUAAGGAAGAUCACUCUCCUCUCUGGGCUGUCCUGGUUUGCUGUUUCCUUCCUCUACUAUGGGAUCAGUUUCAAGAUUUCAGGAUUCGGCGUCAGCAUCUACCUCACUCAUUUCAUCUAUGCUGCUAUUGAAAUCCCAGCCAAAAUCUUCACAUUUUUCAUCCUGGAUGUAAUUGGCCGGCGGAACGGCCAGGCAUGGUUUCUGAUUGUAACAGGAGCUCUGAUUGGAAUAAACACUGUCAUACCUUUAGAGUACUCUGUGAUUCGAACAUGCAUCGCUGUGGUGGCCAAAGGUUUCUCUGAGGCAGCAUUUACCACAGCAUUCCUCUACUCAACUGAACUCUAUCCAACCGUACUCAGGCAAUGUGGUUUAGGCUACACCUCCUGUCUCUGUCGGUUCGGAGGCUCCCUAGCCCCAAUGGUCAUGCUCCUGGAAGAUGUUUGGCUUCUUCUGCCUCCUGUGAUCUUCGCUGGGACUGGAAUCAUCAGUGGCAGCUUGGUUUUUCUCCUUCCAGAAACACUAAACGUCAAUUUGCCAGAAAAUAUUCUCGAUGUUGAGGAGGGAAGACACAUACAAAGCGAUGCAGAGCGAGGCGAAGACGGAGAAAUUCAGCUGAAACAAUUAAACUGCGAAGACAAAGCAUCACAGCUUGCAGCUUGUUAUUAAAACGGGAUUUCUGUUGGCUGUGGAUUUAUUUAGUAAAUUGAUGCUUUUGGAUUUUCAUUGUAAUGUUUAGGUUUUUCGAACCAGACUAUUGAGAUUAUUACCUGAAUUUAACAUUAAAUAAAACAAAAUCAUAACUGGUGCAUGUCACAUCUAGGGAGAAACCAUCCUGGGUUUAGCUGCCCUUGUUUGUUGUACAGAAUCAACAAAGAUCAUAGUACAUUUUCUUACAAGAUGACACUAUUUGACCUUUUUACAGAUUGUUUUUAAGAUUAAAAGGUAUUCUUAAUCUGACAAACAAGUCUCAUCAGAAUAUGUAUUCUAAUAUGUUGAAUAUGACUGUAUUUUAUAUA